AUGGCUCGCAUCUUCAUCACGGGCUCAAGCGACGGAAUCGGCCAAGUAGCCGGCAAAAUCCUCGCAGAUCAAGGCCACUCAGUUGUGCUACACGCACGCAAUGCAGAUCGCGCAGCACACACGAAAAAGGCCGUUCCAAACGCCGAAGCAGUGCUAGUAGGCGACCUCCGCUCAAUCAGCGAAACAAAGAACCUAGCCAAAGAAGCCAAUAACCUAGGCAAAGGCCCCUUCGACACAAUCAUCCACAACGCAGGCAUAGGUUUCGGCGCAACAUCCAGCCGAGAAAUAACCGCUGACAAGAUCUCGGCUGUUUUCUCUGUCAACACGCUCGCGCCAUACAUCCUUACCUGUCUUAUGGACAGGCCGACAUCGCGGCUGCUGUUUAUGAGCUCUGAUAGUCAUUACGGGGGUGAUAACUCCAUGCGUAAUAUUACGCAGUCGCAUUCGUAUGGUGAUAGCAAGAUGCAUGAUAUGAUGCUUGCUAAUGCGUUUGCGAGACGGUGGGGUGAGGACAUUCAGGUUGUUAGUAUGGAUCCCGGUUGGGUGAGGACUAAGAUGGGUGGUUCGAUGGCUCCGGGAAGUAUUGAUAAGCCAACGAAGGCUUUGGCUGAAUGGGCUUCUGGAAAGGGGCAUUUGGCCAGCUUGAAGAGUGGCACUUUCUUUAACCCUCGGGGCGCGGACUCGCCUGACCCUGCUGCUGGGGUUGUGGCUAAACAGGAGGAGCUGCUGAAGAUUUGUAAGGAGGUGUCUGGGGUUGGAGUACCAGGUGAAUAA